AUGGCAACCCAAACCGAAUCCCUCGCCGGCAUCGAGAACCACGUCCGCACCAACGUCCCCAAGAACAUUAGCGACAUCAUCUUCACUGCCGUCGACGACCUCAAGGCCGAUUUUGAUCUCUCCAAGGUGAUCAAGCCGGGCGCGACGUUCCCCGACUUUACCCUCUCCAACGCCGUCGGCAAGGACGUGUCCCUUGCUUCCCUCCUCGCUGGCGCCGACAAGGGCGUUCUCAUCACCUUCUACCGCGGCGAGUGGUGCCCGUACUGCAACAUUGCGCUGUCGUUUCUGCAAAAGCACGCGGCCGAGUUCCGGGCCAAGGGCGUCACCGUCGUGGCCGUCUCGCCCGAGCUGCCCAACACAUCGCUGACGACGGUGGAGAAGAAUGCGCUCGCGUACGAGGUGCUGUCCGACAAGGGCAACGCGGUCGCGCGCCAGCUGGGCAUCGUCUGGCGCCAGUACGACUCCCUCGCCGAGGUGUCCAAGGCCCUGGGCACGGACCAGGUCGCGCGCAACGGCGACAACUCGCGCGAGCUGCCCGUGCCGGCCAACAUCUUGGUCGACAAGACCGGCGUGAUCCGGAACGUCCAUGCCGACCCGGACUGGAGCAAGAGACUGGAGCCGAGCAAGAUGCUCCAGUGGGCCGAUGCUCUGUAG